CGUGUGCGUGCGUGUGUGGUCCAGUGCGUGUCAGUGGGCGUGUGCGCGCUCCUCCCCUCCCUGCAGACCGCAUGUGCGCGCCUCUCGGGCUGCUGGUGUUUGCAGCGUGUUGCGGCUCCAACCGUCAGCUGGAUGCGGGUCCUCGCGGCGGUCACGAGUGGGUGAUUUCUCCGUCCGUGAGUGUGCGUGAACCUUCCUCCUCCUCCUCUUCGUCCUCGGCGUGGAGCUGCGGGGCCACCGAGGCUGAGCUGCUGCGGCACUGGACGGACUGAGGAGCAUGUCUGUGGGUGGAGCAGCCCACGGAGGGGAAUAAAGCGGAUUUAGUUCCAUUUUUUUACACCUUUUUUGCGUGUUUUUUCCUCCACACCCGUUCCCUCCCGCACCUCACCUGCGACACACCAUGUCAAACUCCAACAAAAGCAAGAAGGACAAAGAGAUCCUGGCUGAGUACGAGAGCCAAGUGAAAGAUGUUCGGACCCAACUCGUGGAGCAGCAGCGAUGUCUGGAGCAGCAGACGGAGAUGCGAGUUCAGCUGCUUCAGGACCUGCAGGACUUCUUCAGGAAGAAGGCCGAGAUCGAAACCGAAUAUUCCAGGAACCUGGAGAAGCUGGCGGAGAGAUUUAUGGCCAAAACACGCAGCACGAAAGACCAUCAGCAAUACAAAAAAGACCAGAAUCUUCUCUCUCCAGUCAACUGCUGGUAUUUGCUGUUAAACCAGGUGAGGAGGGAGAGUAAAGACCACGCCACCCUCAGCGACCUCUACCUGAACAACGUCAUCACCCGACUCACCCACAUCAGCGAGGACUCGGCCCGGCUGCUGAAGAGGAGUAAGGAGAUCAUCUUUCAGCUUCAGGAGGAUCUCAUGAAGCUUCUCAACGAGCUUUACACCGUGAUGAAGACAUAUCACAUGUACCACGCGGAGACGAUCAAUGCGGAGACCAAGCUGCGGGAGGCGGAGCGUCAGGAGGGACGGGUGAAGGGCGUGUCGGGGUCCGGCGGGGGGGUGGAGCCUGUGUUCGGCCUCCGGAUAGAAGAACGCCAUCAGAGACGCAACGCCGCCCGCAAGAUGGAGAAGAUGAGGGAGAAGAGGAAGGCAAAGUACUCAGAGAACAAACUGAAGGCCCUGAAAGCCAGAAAUGAGUAUCUGCUGACUCUGGAGGCCACCAACGCCUCUGUGUUCAAAUACUACAUCCACGACCUGCCGGACAUCAUAGACUGCUGUGACCUAGGGUACCACUCCAGUCUGAGCCGGUCUCUGAGGACCUACCUAUCAGCCGAACUGAGCCUUGAAGCCUCCAGGAGGGCGGGUCUGGAGGUCCUGGAGGGGGCCGUGGAGGGCCUGGAUCCCGCCCGAGACCGGCAGCGUCUGCUGGGCCUUUACCCGACUGCCUUCUGCCCGCCGCAGCGCUUCAGCUUCCAGGCCCACAUGGGAGACGCAGUGACCCAGAUCGCCUCCCAGCCACAGGUCCAGGCUGAACUCACCCUUCGCCUCACUCAGCUGCAGACCCGCCUGGCUUCUCUGAAGAUAGAGAACGAGGAGGUGAAGAAGACCUGGGGCGCCACUCUGACCACCCUGCAGGACAUGACUGUGCUGGACGACUACGACGUCUCCCAGAGCUUCACCCACAGUCCGUCCUCCGAGUCGGUCAAGUCCAGUGUGUCGGACGGCUACCUGAACAAACCGAGUCUGGCCAAGAGACGAGCCAAUCAGCAGGAGACGGAGCUCUUCUACUUCACCAAAUUCCGUGAAUAUCUGGAGGGUAGUAAUCUCAUUUCCAAACUCCAGGCCAAACAUGACAUCCUGAAGAAAGCCUUAGCAGAAGGGUAUAAAGCUGAACUUCUGACUACCAGUCGUGGGCGGAAGAACUCCCAUAGCAAGCACCAGGAUUCAACCAAAGCCAUACCCUUGCUUGUGGAGAGCUGCAUCCGCUACAUCAACUUACAUGGUCUUCAGCAUCAAGGCAUCUUCCGGGUGUCAGGAUCACAGGUGGAGGUGAAUGACAUCAAGAACUCCUUCGAGAGAGGUAACGACCCGCUGAUUGAUGAGGAGAGCAACCACGACAUCAACUCUGUGGCUGGAGUGUUGAAGCUCUAUUUCAGGGGUCUGGAGAACCCGCUGUUCCCCAAGGACAGGUUCAAUGACCUGAUCUCCUGCAUCCGAAUAGAAAACAUGUACGAGAGGGCGCAGUGCAUCCGGAAGAUCCUGCUGGGCGUCCCGAGGGCGACGCUGGUGGUGAUGCGCUACCUGUUCGCCUUCCUCAACCAUCUGUCCCAGUACAGCGACGAGAACAUGAUGGACGCCGGGAACCUGGCCAUCGUGUUUGGUCCGACUCUGCUGCCGACGCCGGACACUCUGGACCAGGUGGCCUGUCAGGCUCACGUCAAUGAGGUCAUUAAGACGGUGAUCCUGAACCACGACAACAUCUUCCCUGACACCAAGGAGCUGCCCGGCCCGGUUUAUGAGAAGUGUAUGACUGGAGACCAGUACUGCGAGAGUCCGUUCAGCGAGCCCGGAGCGUUGGAGGAGGCCGAGCCUGACGCCGGCACCGAGACCCAGACCAGCGACGAGGAGGGCGAAGCGGUGGAGGCGGUGGCGAGGUUCGACUAUGUGGGCCGGUCGGGCCGAGAGCUCUCCUUCAAGAAGGGAGCGUCACUGCAGCUCUUCCAGCGAGCGUCACAUGACUGGUGGGAGGGUCGACACAACGGCAGCAUCGGCCUGGUGCCUCAUCAGUACAUCGUGGUGAAGGACAGGCGAGUGCACAGCCCCAGAUGGGCCGACGCCAUGUCCGACACGCUCAGCCAGAAAGCCGACAGCGACGGAGGAAGCAGCAGCACCGACGACAAACGCUCCCGAAGCGAGCUGAGCUCCCCGACCGACAUCCGGCCGCCGGACACCUACAACAGCCACCGGAGGAAGAGAACCGACGGUUUGUUCCGUCGUCCUCUCUGCCGAUCCAACGAUAACCACGGUAACGGCAAUGUGAUGGAACGGAGCUCUCCGCCGGUCACUGGUCACUUCAGCCCCAGAGAGCUGCUGCUGGGGCGGGGCCAGGGUCUUACUCCGCCCCUCGACAGCCCCGAGCGCCGCCGCCGCUCCGCCGCCGUCACCAUGACGGUGAGCCGCCACGAUUCGCUGCGACGGCCGGAGGACACGCCCAUUAGACGGUCCAGCAGCGGUCAGCACGGCUUCAACGACAACCAUCGAUCCAGAGCGAUAGACCCCGAUACACUGGCUCAGGACAUCGAGGAGUCGGUGACGGUGGCCCUCGGGGAGCUCCGUCAGUUGGAGCGUCAGGGCUGCAGGCCGGCGCCCGACGUGGUUCUGGACACUCUGGAGCAGGUGAAGAACGGACCCGUCACCGCCUGCUCCUCCGAGUCUCCCAGUCCCCACAGCACCCCCAGCACCCCGGGGACCCCUGGGACCCCCGGUACGCCCGGUACCCCCGGGACACCCGGCACCCCGAGCCCCCUCAGCCCCCUGAGCCCCAUCAGCCCGCUGCCCGGACCUCCACCCGGACCUCCCCGACCCGCCAACCCAUCCCCCGACGCUUUGGGCUCCUUCAAGCCGGUGGCGGCCGCCCGGAUCGGGGCCCCACUGCGGCCCCCCGCCCUGAGGCCCAAACCCAUGGUCCCACCCAAGAGCAGCACCCCGCCUCUGCCCCCGCCGCUGGACAAAUCCUGCACCAUGUGAGCCAAACCGAAUCAGGCCGACCCGGGCCAAAACUGGGCCAGAAGAGGAGAUCAGGGUACCGCUUAGUGUUUAUAAUCAACAUGAGGGUAGAACCGGGGGGAGACAGGAAGAGGCUUUUAUGUAGUAAUAAAAUCUAAUAUAUGAUGAUAUGAUAUGCCAUGAUAUUUCUGUGUCGUCGGUUGGUGUGUAUCUCUUGGUGUGUAGGAGUUUCCUUUCUCCAUGUAUCGAAGCAUUUAUCAGAGGUUUAGCUCCAAGUGCUGUGAGGACGGCGGCGGCUCCGACCGACGUGGGGGUUGUAGUCCAGCCGCAGUGAAGUUGUAGUUCCAGUGACGUGACUGUCGGCCGCCGCCCCCUAAAGGCUUUCCUUAGACCCGAUUGGCUGCUGUGUCUGCGACGACUCGAUUGGUUGACGACGGAAGAGGAGGAGGACACGGUUCGUUCAAGUUUAUUUUUUUAUUUGCGUUCAGCUGCUAGAAGCUCACUCACACCUCAAAAACCACGAAACUCCUCUCGAGGUUGGGUGAACUUAUUUCCUAUGUAAUGAAUGUUUCCAGUAUUUACCGACUGUUCAGCCAUCUUAUUGAAUGUCCAUGGCGGCGGCGGCGCCUCGCUCGGCUUUUUAAACAGCCUUCUUGUGUUUUUGGGGAUCCGGGGGGAAGAACCACACCCGGACCGGAGCUUCUAACAGGGUGGUGGAGUUGCGGAGUGGACUUUUUCUGGGACGGGGUGGGAUUUGAAGGUUUAAUUGUGGUUUGUUGGGAGUGAGUGCGUCCUGCCUGCCUGCCUGCCCUCGUUCUGCUCCCUCGUAAAGUGCAGCAGCGCCAGAAUAGUGAUAGAUAAUUCAUGCCUGCCUUGAGUGCCACGACACGAGUUGGGAAAACGAGUGCAAAGGAAAAAAAAAAAAGAAGCAUGCCACUUCCUGUGUGUGUGUGUGUGUGUGUGUGUGUGUGUGUGUGUGUGGAAAUAAAAACCUGCUCGUUACACUGAAGUCACUAGUUAACCUUAAAUUCACAAUAAGCUAACAGGGUGGGGCUGUGGGUGAAAACGCCCAACAGAAGAAAAGUAAAAUAAAAAACAAAUAGAAACACUUGAACAGCACACUGAAUGUGGACGAGUGUGACGUCGCAGCGUGCCGAUGUUUGCUUUGGGAUGUGUGUGAAUGUGAAAGUGCCUUUUUUUUUUUAAAUCCUUGUCUUUUUGGGGGGAAGUUGUGAAUCCACUCACGCAUGUCCUGAACGAAGAGCAGCAGCACUCCGAAUGAAAUAAUCAUAAAAGUGUUUAGUAGAGUUACUGAAUUAUGAAUUCUAGCAUUAACCCAUUGUGACAUUGCACUUUGAUGUAUAGGAUCGUGUACUUGGCAUGUAGCAUCAUAACAUGUUGGUGCAUUUAACUCAAAGGGAGGCUUCUAUGAAUGUGUUUGAUAAUUAAGGAGAAAUGUUUUUUUGUCCGUUAGUGUUGCUGUAUUUGAAAAACCGGAGCUUCCCAAAGUCGAGCUCGUAUAGCCAAAUGGAUCGUAUCAACGUGUUGUAUUUAUAUUAUAAAUAAAGCUGAGAUAAAUUAGGCAUUAACUGAUGGAACCUUCUUUAAAUGAGAUGUCACUAAAUGUUUCCUUCCAACACUCAAUAAAUAAACCUCCAGGUGUGUUCUGUAAA